AAAAAAGACAAACAAACACAUCGGAGGAGACGAAUAGGCAUUUGUAAUAAAAAAAACAACAGAGUUCGGACAUUUUUGCGAUCUCUUGUUUUCCUGUCCAAAAGGUAGCAAGUUUGCGGGUUUCUAGGAUCUGGGAUUCGCCCCCCCCAAUUUGAUGUUUCUGAUUCUUCUUCUUCAGACAUUAAAUUAGGUUCUGUUCUUCGCCGUUUUUGCUUGUAAUAAUAAUCAUUCGGCUAGAAUUUUCCGACAAAAUAUUCCAACCUUGAAGUUUCCUUAUGGAUUUGCGGGUUCCGAUUCUCUUCUUCUUCUUGAGUACAAUAUGCUUUCCUUCUGUCUUGGCUUCAUCGUCCCCUGUGGAGUUUUCCGUCUGCAAUCACGAAUUCGAGCUCUUCCGCUUCGAUUUAGACUCCAAAUGUCCUUCUUCUCUCCAUCCAGCUCCUCCUAUCCAGGUAGAUGGAGAGACACUUGACAGGUUAAUAAUGUCUUUGAACUAUGAUGGGAAUGGUUAUAUGUCUGUGCUCUUUUAUGCUUCCUGGUGCCCUUUCUCACGUGCUGUCCGUCCUAAGUUUGAUAUGUUGAGUUCCAUGUUCCCUCAAAUACAGCACUUAGCUGUCGAGCAUUCUCAAGCACUCCCAUCUGUGUUUUCAAGGUAUGGUAUCCGCAGCUUACCUUCAAUCCUGAUUGUAAAUCAAACUUCAAAGGCGCGUUACCGUGGUCAAAAGGAUCUUACAUCCCUCAUUGAGUUUUAUGAGGAAUCUACAGGUCUCAAGCCUGUCCAGUACGUGGCAGAAGCUGAACCAGCAACCAGCUUAGACGCCACCAACGGUAACCUCAUCACAUGGUUACGCAAAGGGACAUCUAUCAGUGAAAUAUUCAGACAAGAUCCUUUCUUGGUACUGUCUCUGCUGUUCAUCUGUUUACAAAUAGCAAUCCUCGUCUUCCCCAUAGCAGAAUCACGCAUGAAAGCGUUGUGGGCUUCUUACGUUUCCAAUCUGAACCUGGAAAGGUUUAGAGAGAUUAGCCAACUGUUCAGCCGUGCUCUCCACAUGGUCGAUGUGAGGAGGCUAUGGUUGAAACUUAGACUCGUCAAAACAAGGAACUUUCAUGAAAGAGCAAUGAACGCCCAAGCCUGGGCGUCAUCGCUUGCAUCUGUGUCUCUUGGCCAAGCUUCGUCAGACCAGUCCUGAUCCCUUGAAGAGAUCCUUCUAGUAUUUAAGCGUGUUCUUGAAACCUGAGAGUUUCCCUUUACAUGGAAUGUUAUAUUGACUUUCUGAGUUAAUUUGUCUGCGUCAAAAGCAUGUAAAUCCAGGAACAGCUUUGUUUCUGCCUGUGUAUAUCUUUCUUUCUCUCUUUUGUCUUUUUUAUGAAUCUGAGAUGUAUGUUUUGACCUCA